CUCGAGUGAAAGACUCUGAACAAGACUGAAGUGCUUGCAGGGGUGUAGUGGAGUUGUCCUUUGAGUGUGAAGUGAUGGUACUCAAGCCUCCUCCAGCUGGUCAAUCCCUUUUGUCACAUCAGGAUUCUCCCUUCCUUAUCUGCUCUUGAGUCCGGACCUGGAGCACCAGGAUGUGAAUGGAGAUGCCUGCCCUGACACAGCCCGGGAGCUCUGCAGAAGUUCUGCUCACAGGUGUGAGGAGAGCUGGGACAGGAUGCUGUUCCCGCUGCCCCUGCGUGCAGCCUGCAGCCUGCUGGCCUGGUUCUGCCUCUACAAGUGGUUCUGCCGCCGCUACCGGCACCGGAACCUCGAGUGGAGCUGCAGGCUGGUCACGCUGACCCACGGCAUCCUGGCCACCUGUCUGUCUGCUUACAUCGGCUUCAUCGACGGCCCCUGGCCCCUGAGCCACCCAGGGUCGCCCAACACAACCCUUCAGGUGCACGGGCUGUGCCUCAGCUUGGGCUACUUCAUCUUCGACCUGUGUUGGUGCGUGUACUUCCAGACGGAGGGUGCCCUGAUGCUGGCCCACCACCUGGUGAGCAUCGUGGGCAUCGCCGCCUCCUUGGCCCUGGGCGAGUCGGCCGCGGACGUCAACGCCGUCAUCUUCGGCAGCGAGAUCACCAACCCGCUGCUGCAGGCCCGCUGGUUCCUCAAGGAGCUGGGCCGCUACCACACCUUCACGGGCGACCUGGUGGAUUUCCUCUUCGUGGUGCUCUUCACCGGCGUGCGCAUCGGCAUGGGGGCCUGGCUGAUGUACUGCGAGCUGGCCUCGCCCAGGCCGCGCUGGUACAUCAAGCUGGGAGGGGUCAUCAUGUACGUGGUGUCCUGGGUCUUCAUGGUCAGCAUCUGCCGCUUCGCCCGCAGGAAGAGCAUGAGGAAGUACCAGGCCUGGAGGAGCCGCAGGAGCCACGAGCUGGGCUGGAAAACCAACGGGCACCUCAAAAGCCGCUGAGUGGAGGCUGAGCGAAGAGUUCCUCGAGUUCGCGGGCUGGCAAGGAGGGGGAUCGUGCCUGAAAUGCCGCUGUUGGGAGAGGAGCCAACGCACGUUGGCGGUUCUGGAGCCAAGUUUAUCCCUGGCCUAACUCCACUGAAAUCCGUGGAGCUAUGCCACGGAUUCACUGGGUCUGCAGUGCUCGGCCUGGCAGAGGCUGGCGCGGUGUGCACGCAAGCACGGCCUGAACGAGGAGGGAAAGAAGGGCUAAUUUUAUAGACUAAGCAUGGCUAGUCCAGCAGCGCAGGUGUAAAUAGUGAUGUGUGUAGCCAGCUCCUUCAGGAUCUUGGAAGAGAGGAGGAGGUAACGCUAGGUCUCCGUGUCCAGUGUCCUGUGCAGUCUAGGCAGCUAGAGUGGCUCUCCAUGCUGGUAGAAGAAGUGUUCUAGUGUUGCAUCCAAGCUGGGAUUCCUGGCUCUUCCACCACCCCGUUGUGUGACCUUGGGCCAGUCUCACAACUCGAACUCUGUGCCUCAUUCCCCCUCUGUGACUUGGGGGUGAUGGAGCUGCUCCAUCUGUUACGCACUUUCAGAUUUUUACUUGAGAGGUGCUACAUGAAAAAAGUGAUGGUUGUUAGCUGCACUUGGUUCAUCAUUCCCGUGUUUCCCUCGGGAGAAACGACUUUGGUGGUCCAGCUAGAGCGAGACUCUAGAAAAAUCAGUAUUUUAGGUAGGUUGUUGUUUCCUACCCUUUCUAACUCCUUUUAAUAACUUGUUCAUUAACGUAUUGAUAACUUAUUUUCCGUAGUGUCCAGAAGCUCUAAUCAGCACUGCCUAAUUACAGGGUUAGGUGCUCUGUGAAUACACCCAAAGACACAGACCCAGAAGGGAAAAUUUUUCCUGAUUUUUCCCUCUUCUUCCCUGACUGUUAAAACUCCCCUACAAACACUGCUUUUAGCUCCUUGGGUAACCAGCACACUCCACUUUGAGAAGCCCCAUCAGGAUUUGCCAGUCAGGGGUUUUCUUGCUGAUGAUCCAAGCCCUGAUUUUGUCUCCAGAACACCAAAAUUCCCUCUGCUGUGCCCCAAAUCCAAACUGGGAUUUCUGGUUGCCCAGAAUCUGCCCUGUGGAAGCCACAGACUGACCCUGGCUCUCCUUCAUCUGAACUGAUGCCUUGAUCCCUGGGCUUUGAUUUCCCUCUGACUGUGUCUGAGUCACUUUAUAAAAGUGAAUAUUUAGAGGGUCAGAGAGAUUUAUUUUGCAGCUUAGUAAUUAAAGAAAUGAGAGGCCCAGAAUCUGGUCUUUUUAAAGCAAUAAUAAACCUGACUGUGAGAAAAAUAAACAUUAUUUAUCUGGUCACAUUUGUAGGGAAAAACCAUGCCCAGCUGGCAGCUUGUGGAGUUUAUUUCAUUGCAUGUCCUUAAGCUGUACCUUUAUUUUUGCUGUGAUUUUUAGCAUUUCCUUUGAGCCUCCAGUGCAGCUCAGGUGCCCCCUUUUGCUUGAGCCUUGCUUGCUGCAGCCAAAGACCCUGAAGAAGCCCCAAAAAAUCCCUUCAGAUGAGCAGAGCCAACUGAUGAGCUGGUCCUGGAGAGGAAACUUGACUCAUCCUGCACUAUCAAGCCUUGAAAGGAGACCAGAAGGGCUGGUUGGGGCUUGCUGGUUCUUUUCCCCAGCUCUGCUCCUCUGUUGAGCACAUCCAGGAGCCUUUUUGCCUCAACUUAACCCACUUUGGGAAGUGGGUCCAGUCUAACCUACCUCACAGGGUGUUUCCAUUUAGCACCAAGCCACCUUUGAUGGAUUCUGGGUGGUUUGUGUCAGGCUGUGCUGUGUAAAAGUUGCUUUGAGUGAAGCACUUGUUGCUGUGAGCCAUCAGCAGCGCUUUGUCACCCGAGCUGGGCGCUUCCCAGCAUCCCAAAAACAGGAGUGAGGUGUUUUGCAAAGGUGCUAAAGGGCAGGGGUCACAGGGAGUGAGCUGGACACGCUCACAAAGCCCAGCUGUGCUGCUGCAUCCUCACAACCAGCCCUGAGCUGAGGAAAAGGGGUCUGCUGGGCUUUCAGGAUUGCAGGAAUCCGGAGCCAAAAGGGUCUGAGCCACUGGCCUGAGCAGGGAACGAGGGCUUUCAGCUGCAGCUCCUGCAGAAAUGCAGGUGAAAACAGGCUGGUCCUUCCUGGGGAGCUGCUCAGUGCCCACCAUGAAGAGUUUCCAGAGCAGCCCUGGUGGUUUGAGCUUUGCUGAGGGUUGGGGUGCAGCUUUUUGGGGUCCCAGCCCUUACCUGGCCAGGAGGAUGAGGACGGCAGUGACUGCAGUAUCUGUGAAUCACCUGUUUGAAGAUAGUUUGAAAUAAAGUGGUUUGAGUGGUCCCAUUUUCUGAACGGGGGGGAAACUUGGUUGGAAGAAGGAGAGCACUGCUCAGCUCUGAGGCUUUAGAAAGUAAAAAAAAAAAAAACCCAAAAGGGCAAUUAGAAAUGGCUUUAUGAGGCAGAGCAAGGCCUCGUAGCCCAUUUAGUGGGCUCCAGCAUAGAAUCACAGACCCAAAA